AGAUAGUUGUGCGGACAUCUUGGGCUGUGAUUGAGAGGAGGUAAUGGCAACCACCAGUGAAACUGGAGAUAGACUUGAUACUCGAAGGCUUGAGGCAAAGAAACAAACCUUAGAUGAUGCUUACGCAGCUCCAGCGAAUUUCCUAGAGAUCGAUGUUGUCAAUCCUGAGACGCAUGGAGUCGGUAAAAAACGGUACACCGACUAUGAAGUGCGGAUGAGGACAAAUCUCCCAGUUUUUAAAGUCAAAGAGUCAUCUGUAAGGAGACGGUACAGUGACUUCAAAUGGCUAAGAGGAGAGUUAGAACGUGACAGCAAGAUAGUGGUACCUCCUCUUCCAGGUGAUGCAUUUAAGAAGCAAUUACCAUUCAGAGGAGAUGAUGGAAUUUUUGAAGAUGAUUUUAUUGAAGAAAGAAGGCAAGGUUUAGAGGCAUUUGUUAACAGGGUGUCUGGACAUCCUCUGGCCCAGAAUGAACGUUGUUUGCACAUGUUCCUUACAGAACCAAUUAUAGAUAAGAAUUAUGUCCCAGGAAAAGUGAGAACCACAUAAAACCCAAUGGAGCAUUAUGAGCAAUUAUUCCUUGAGGUUCAAUGAUCAAACAUCAAUGAGAGAUUCUUUAAUCCUUGUAGCCAUCACAAUGUUUGGCUGCUCCAUUAACUUCUUUUGAAUCUUGCAGUACAAAGUUAGUUUAAGGUUUAAGAAAUUACAAGAAUGUGAUCAUUAGUGAUUUAUGAUAAAAUCAUUUAUUAGAUGUCAGUGCCAAAAAGAUUUUUCUUGAUGGCUUAAGAACUAAAGGUUUGCUACAUAUUUUUAGAACAGUUCAGGAUUAAAUAAUAUAUACUUAACUGUAGCUAAUUCAGGCAUUUCGAGGCAUAAAUGAAAAGUAAGUGCACUGAUAGAUAGCAGCAAGAAACAAGGCUUAGUGGCUUAACGAAGAUUACACAAUAUUCCAUUUUUGAUAUGUCCAAAGCCUCUGUUGUUAGACUUUGAUAUAAAAUUGGUUCAAGAAUGAUUUUGCACUUGGCUUCACCUUGAAAGUGAUGGUUUUCAGAACUCAGAAAUGGCCUUUUUUUAAAUAAAAACUCCACAGUUGAUCUUAACGCUUUAA